GAUCUUUCCAAAGCCGAACUUCAACGCGGAGUCCGAGCUCGUGUACCCAAGCAGGAGGGCCGGGAGGGCGGAGAUUGUGCGGGAGGGAGAAGCCUCGUGGCCUGCCCUUACAGACGCCUGCGAGGAAGGGUGGUGUCCACUCCCCGACUCAGUGUCCCGAUGCCCAGCGCCAACGCCAGUCGCAAGAGUCAGGAGAAGCCGCGGGAGAUCAUGGACGCGGCGGAAGAUUAUGCUAAAGAAAGAUAUGGAAUAUCUCCAAUGAUACAGUCACAGGAAAAACCAGAUCGAAUUUUGGUUUUGGUUAAAGACUUGACAGUACAAAAAGCUGAUGAAGUUGUUUGGGUACGUGCAAGAGUUCAUACGAGUAGAGCUAAAGGGAAGCAGUGCUUCUUAGUCCUACGUCAGCAGCAGUUUAAUGUCCAGGCUCUUGUGGCUGUGGGAGACCAUGCAAGCAAGCAGAUGGUUAAAUUUGCUGCCAACAUCAACAAGGAAAGCAUCGUAGAUAUAGAAGGCGUUGUGAGAAAAGUGAAUCAGAAAGUUGGAAGCUGUACACAGCAGGAUGUUGAAUUACAUGUUCAAAAGAUUUAUGUGGUCAGUUUGGCUGAACCCCGCCUGCCCCUGCAGCUGGAUGAUGCCAUUCGGCCUGAGGUGGAAGGAGAAGAGGAAGGAAGAGCUACUGUUAACCAAGAUACAAGAUUAGACAACAGAGUCAUCGAUCUCAGGACAUCAACUAGUCAGGCAGUCUUCCGUCUCCAGUCUGGCAUUUGCCAUCUCUUCCGAGAAACUUUAAUUAACAAAGGUUUUGUGGAAAUCCAGACUCCUAAAAUUAUUUCAGCUGCCAGUGAAGGAGGAGCCAAUGUAUUUACUGUGUCAUAUUUUAAAAAUAAUGCAUACCUUGCUCAGUCUCCACAACUGUAUAAGCAAAUGUGCAUUUGUGCUGAUUUUGAGAAGGUUUUCUGUAUUGGACCAGUUUUCAGAGCUGAAGACUCCAAUACCCACAGACAUCUAACUGAAUUUGUUGGUCUAGACAUUGAAAUGGCUUUUAAUUAUCAUUAUCAUGAAGUUGUAGAAGAAAUUGCUGACACCUUGGUACAAAUAUUCAAAGGACUUCAAGAAAGGUUUCAGACUGAAAUUCAAACGGUGAAUAAACAAUUCCCUUGUGAACCCUUCAAAUUUUUGGAGCCAACUUUGAGACUAGAAUACUGUGAAGCUUUAGCUAUGCUUAGAGAAGCUGGAGUUGAAAUGGGAGAUGAAGAAGAUCUGAGUACACCAAAUGAAAAACUAUUGGGUCGUUUGGUAAAGGAAAAGUAUGAUACAGAUUUUUAUAUUCUUGAUAAAUAUCCAUUGGCUGUAAGACCUUUCUAUACCAUGCCUGACCCAAGAAAUCCUAAACAGUCCAACUCUUAUGAUAUGUUCAUGAGAGGAGAAGAAAUAUUGUCUGGAGCUCAAAGAAUCCAUGAUCCUCAGCUGCUAACAGAGAGAGCCUUACAUCAUGGAAUUGAUUUGGAGAAAAUCAAAGCUUACAUUGAUUCCUUCCGUUUUGGAGCCCCUCCUCAUGCUGGUGGAGGCAUCGGAUUGGAACGAGUGACUAUGCUGUUUUUGGGAUUGCAUAAUGUGCGUCAGACCUCGAUGUUCCCUCGUGACCCCAAACGGCUCACUCCUUAAACCCACCAUGGUCCUUAUUCUUUCCAGGAAGUUACUAUCGAUCAGGUUGUACCUUAGGUACUUAAAAUAUGCAAUAGAAUAAUUGUCUUAUCUAAAGUGCCACAGUUGUUUUUUAAUUAAUUCAGUAUAGGUUAAUUUAGAAGACAAAAUUUUUAUAACUUUCAACAUUCUUUAGUAGGAAAUGCUUGAACAUUUUAAAAAGAAGUUCAUGCAAUUUAUUAAAAAUCAUAUUCCAUUAUUAAAUGUUAACUAGAGUUUUAAACAGUUAAGAUUGUGAACAUUUUUUUCUGUUCUAUAUUAUGGUGGCUACAGUAUUAACAUCUUAAAUUUUCAAUAUUCAAACUUACUUUUUUAACUUUGGACAUUAAGAUGAGAACAACUGGAGAAAUACCCAAGAUUUUAACAAGUAUCUAAUUGGCAUCUCAUGAAAAAUUAGAAAGUAUCAGAAUCUUAAAAGUUAUACCCAAAAAUCAUGUAAAGCAGGCAAAAGUACUAGCAAGAAAAUAAUAAAAAUAUUACUGUAUUAAAUUGUUAAAUUCUAAGCCUGAAUGUUCAAUAAAUUUUAAAGCUAAUUAAAGUUUGUCUUUGUGUAAC